UUCCUGGGUAAGUUAGGCGAAUAAACGGAAGAGAAAAGUUAAGUCUGUCUCCCUCAAGCCUUACUUUACUUGCGUUUCUUAGUGACUUAGGUAUCUAGACGAGACCGAAAUAUACAUUGAAUAUCGUCAGUCAUUACAUUUUUGCGUCGUGGUGAAUGUCACAACGGGAGUUGGGUCGAGAGAAAAGGGCGUGUUUGAAUCUGAACUGCUGUAGGGACACAGCGCCUCCUCCCUUCUUUUCUCCUCCGCCUCAUUAGAUGCUAGCUUGGUAGCCCUUUUACAUGUUGCUGUGCCCUUAGGUGAAGUUAAGUGAUAGUUGCAGUUAUUUUUUCAUUUAUUUCAUCAACGGUCAGUGCAGAAGAAGAUGGGGUGCACUCUUAGCACGGACGACAAGGCGGCACAGGAGCGGAGCAAGAUGAUCGACAGGAAUCUGCGGGAUGACGGAGAGAAGGCGGCCCGGGAGGUCAAGCUGCUUUUGCUGGGUGCUGGGGAGUCUGGGAAAAGUACAAUUGUCAAACAGAUGAAGAUCAUUCAUGAAGCGGGCUACUCAGAGGAGGAAUGUAAGCAGUACAAGGCCGUAGUCUACAGCAACACCAUCCAGUCCAUCAUCGCCAUCAUCAGAGCUAUGGGACGCCUCAAGAUUGACUUUGCUGAUCCAGCCAGAGCUGACGACGCACGGCAGCUGUUUGUCCUGGCAGGUUCAGCCGAGGAGGGCUUCAUGACCGGAGAGCUGGCCGGGGUCAUCCAGCGGCUGUGGAAAGACGGAGGCGUUCAGGCCUGUUUCGGCCGCUCCCGCGAGUACCAGCUUAAUGACUCGGCAGCAUACUACCUAAAUGAUUUGGACAGGAUAUCCCAUGGCUCUUAUGUGCCCACCCAGCAGGAUGUGUUGAGGACCAGGGUUAAAACGACUGGUAUUGUAGAAACACACUUUACAUUCAAGGACCUGCACUUCAAAAUGUUUGAUGUAGGAGGUCAGAGAUCUGAGAGGAAGAAGUGGAUCCAUUGUUUUGAAGGAGUCACUGCCAUCAUCUUCUGCGUGGCCCUGAGUGACUAUGAUUUAGUGCUGGCUGAGGACGAAGAGAUGAAUCGCAUGCACGAGAGCAUGAAACUGUUUGAUUCCAUCUGCAACAACAAGUGGUUCACAGACACCUCCAUCAUCCUCUUCCUGAACAAAAAAGACCUGUUUGAGGAGAAGAUCAAAAAGAGUCCCCUUACAAUCUGUUACCCAGAAUAUGCAGGCUCUAACACCUACGAAGAAGCAGCAGCGUAUAUUCAGUGCCAGUUUGAGGACCUGAACAAGAGAAAGGACACAAAGGAGAUCUACACCCACUUCACUUGUGCCACAGACACCAAAAAUGUGCAGUUUGUUUUUGAUGCCGUCACUGAUGUCAUCAUUAAGAACAACCUGAAGGACUGCGGCCUUUUCUAAAGGCAGACGGUUGGUCAAAUUACCAGGUGACUUUAUUCAUGCCGAGUCUGACUGGAGGGGUCUUUGUGGACCCUGCAGAGAAUGUCACUUUUAACUCUUUAUUAACUUAUGUUCAUCUCUUCAAAUUUUCCAAGGCAGUGUAGAAAAAAUGUUUUGUGUAAAAUAUUUGUACAACUGUCUAGGUCAGGGGAUUUUUCACGGGUUUUAAAAAUGUGUGUUUUACCUUUUAUCAUCAUUUUUAAUUUUUGUAUAAAAUUGGGGGCUUCACAUAUUUUUGUCUGUAACUGCACACUUUAUCAUCUUUAUAUUUCGUUACGUGUGCAUUGCAUGCCUUAGUUGCUGUCUUUUAUUAUUAUUUUUUUAUUUUUUUUUCUAUGUAGAUGCUAGGUUUGGUCGCUACCCAGCCUUUCUCAGCCUCCUUCGAUUCCAUAUUUUCUUUCUUUUUGUAAUCAUUUUUGUCCCGAUACUUUUUCACCCUUUACACACCAAGGAAGACCAAGUUACUCUGUAGAUUAUUUUACUCCGACUCUGACAUACUGUGAGGUGUGUGUGCCUGCGUGCGUGUGUGUAUGCGUGUGGUUCGGUGCGCGUGCACAAUAAAAAAAAAACAAAAAACAAACAAAGGGACUUUAUUCCUCUACGUGUCAUCCUCUUUCAAAGUUGUAUUUUUUUAAAGCAACCAAAAACAAGCAUCUCCCGCUUUUUGACUAGCCCACAUUCUUGGUGUGCUGCUAAAAGCUGAAUCAUUCCAGAUUGGAUCACAAUGUCAAAAGAAGCUUUGAAAGGAGGAUGCCAUCGGCGGCCUUGUAGCAAACAGUAGGACCAACCAUAUAAAGAUGUGUGUUCAGUGCAUUAACAGACAGGCGGCUGGGUUUGUAGUGCGCUGUCAUCGAUUUUGAGUUUUGAAGGUUUCAAGUUACAUAUACCCCUUUAUGCCCUCUGUUUCCAUUGGAUGGGGACAUUAGUGGACUAAUAUCCAUGAUUUUGCUAAUAAAAGAGUUGCUAUGGUAAAACCAUCGCAACUUGUGCAACA